UCGAACGUUAUUCGGAGAGAACAGUACGACCUUUUUGCGGAGUCAGAAGCAAUUGAGAAUGCUGACCCCGAUGAAGUGCAGUCGGUUGCUGUGUCAAGCAGCGCCAGAUCACGCAAUCAGAUCUCGAAUGAAAUCGACGAAUCACUUCGCAACGUCAUGCAGAUGGUGGACGAUGACAUCCGGCAGUGCGUGAAUCGAGGUCAGCCACUGAUGAGCAUCUUUAGUUCGCCUCCCGGACGCGCUAGGAGGCACAGGCUUCCCUUCGAGCGCGCGACGGCGUCAUCCAACGUGUGCCGGCCGCAGCAGCUGCUCCGGCGUCAGCAGCUUCCCCGCGGCUGCUCUUCGCGCUGCCCGCCGUCGCCGGGCAGCUUGCGCUGGCUGGACACGCCGCACGCAGUGAGCGUCACCCGGGGCAUGAGCGGCACCCAGCAGCUGAUGCUGUUCGACCACGACGCCCGCGUGCGCCAGGCCUACCGAAGGGCGCGAUGGAUGAACCAGGCGCAGCGAUUCCGCAUUUCGCUGGACAUGAGCGAUCCCAAGGUGCAACAGACUCUGCAACUGGCAGCGCAGCCUUUUGACUUCCAGGUGGGCGGCAGGGCACCACCGGUUCACAUCGCCGGCAUUGACCCCGACAUCGACGAGGAAGACGAGCUGCAAAACAUUUCCUCAUAAGCUGUUAUAAGCUACGAGCGGUCGCUUAAGCCUCCUAAGAUAUGCGCUGUUAGACGCAUGAACCGAAGAUUGGCUCAGCGUUUCCAACGACAUGUCAUAGUUAUGCAGUUUGCUGUUCUCUCG